CUCUACCUGGAAAAUUAUGAAGUCAAUGAGCCUUCAAGAGCGACAUAAUUAUAUUUUAAAGAAAUUCAUUAUAUCUGAUAAAUCCUUCGAAGGCAAGAAGAAUUCUUAUGACAUUCAUAUAAUAAAGGAACAUCAUCGAUUUUUAUGGGAUGACAACGAAUUAAGUGAUGGUAAUAAUUCAUGGGAAGUUUGUAUGGCUAGACGCUACUAUAACAAAUUAUUUAAGGAAUAUUGCAUAGCAGAUUUAACUCUACACAAGGAAAAUAAAGUUGCAUUGCGUUGGCGUACGAGAGAUGAAGUAGUUUUAGGUAAAGGGCAGUUUCAAUGUGGAAGUAGGAAAUGUGAACAAAGAGAAAAUUUGAGCAGUUGGGAAGUAAAUUUUGCUUAUCACGAGCAAGGAGAGAAUAAAAAUGCGUUAGUAAAGUUGCGACUAUGUGCGAAUCAUUCGAAGCAGUUAAAUUUCACUUCACGAAAACGGGAAGUUAAGCGUUUAAAAAAGUGUUCUGCUACAAAGGGGCAUAUGCUGCGAAAAAAUCAAGGAAAUGCUCAAGUAGCAAGUUGUUUUGGAAAUAUUGUAUCUGAAGCAAAAGAAGAAAAUGAAACCGGGAACAGGAUAUGGAACCGCAGAACAAAUGUAGAAUUAGAGCAACCAUCCCGUGAAAUUGAAUUUGAACGCUAUUUAGAAGAUCUUCUUUUAUAGUUUAUGGUAACCCCUGUCUAUUGAUUAAUUUUAUAACAUAAUAUUGAUUCAUGAAAUAUUUUUACUCCACCAUAUGAAUGUUCAUAAAACUGUUAUGCCAAUUUCUGAUAGGAAUGGAAGGGCCCAUAAUGCACACACUUUUAAAAUAACUACGAAUAUGUAGGGAUGCAAAGUGCAUAAAAUUGAUAAUCCAAAUUUGUGUAUUUAAACUUUUUAUUAUAUUAACAAAAGCGGUCCAAAAUAUGUUGGCAAUUAUAAUUCAAAUGUAUAUACAGUAUUCUUAAAAACUUGAAUCAGUAACAAAAGCUUUCUAAUAAAAUUAUAUGGUCUUCAA